CCUGUGUUCCUUGUCUCUGGAGAGAGCCAAUGCCAUCCUUUUGUUUUUACAGGCGUUUGUCAGUAGACCACAGGCAGAUCUUCCACCCUCAGGUCGCUAACUACAAAAGGUGUGGUGAGACUUCCCUCCUUGCCCUGGCCCUUUUUGUUCAUCUAGCUCCCAAGGAUCCUACCUUAGGUACUCAGUUUCUGUUACCUUCUCUGGAACUUUUCUGGACCCAUCCUCAGCAGCAGGCCUGUUCCAGUGUAGCCCACUCACAUUGCUGUUCCUGGGAAGAUGAGGGAGGGGAGCAAUGCUUUAUUCUAGCAUGAAAGAAUGACCAGCAACCUUCUUAUCCCUCUGAGACAGAAACUGAUGACUCAGUGACCUUUGAGGGUGAUUUCUGCAUAUGCACUCCAUCUUUUCCUAAGACUUCUCUGUAGGUAAGAGCUUCUGAUCCAUCUCUUCACUUGUCAGAGUGCUGAGUCUUUACAGCUGAGUGUCCCUCUCCUUUGAGAUGGACAGUGUCACCUAGCAGUAUGCUUGCCCAGACGACAUGAACCACGUCAAAAGUAACCGAGAACUGUACCUGCAAUACUCAGCCUCAGCCCCCAAACUGUUGGCUCACGUCUCCAAACUCCUCAUUGUUUGCCGCAACGCAGGCAUUUCCAUCCCCAAAGGCAUUAGGAAUAUUUUUGAGUUCACCUGGGAGGAGCUCAUCAGCGACCCUGCAGUGCCCACUGCAUCUGAGAUUCAGGAUCUGGUGAUCUCCUUUGGAGCUCCUGCAGUGGUGCUUGCAGAAGUGAUCCCAGUGCACCCAGUGCAGGUCCUCCCCAUGCAGAAGAAGCAGCCCCAACCUGCUCCACCACCUCCAGUACUGCUCGCAGCCACCAGGGAGAGCAAAAACAUGCCCACUCCCUCCACCCCUGCUCGACUGAUGCCUAAUGGCCAAGAUACCCUGCACAAGUUCCAGCGGCAAUCUAUCCACCUGUUGACAGAGCUGCUUUCCCUGAAGAUGAAGGCCAUGGUGGAGUCUGCCUCUGCAGGUGCCAAUCCUCUGGACAUCACCAAGCGCUUUGUGGAAGCCAGCCAGCUCCUCCAUCUCAAUGCGAAGGAGAUGGCCUUUGACUGCCUGACUGGCACUAUUGGGAAAAGCUGCCUAAGUGCAGCACAGCUGGCGAAAGAAUCCUCCAUGAACGUUUCUGCUAUGGGAGUGAACACACCUUACCAGCUGGUCUACCAGACUUCCACAGCCUGUCUGAGCUUCUCCCUCUCCACAGGAAAGGAAAGCAGGAAGAAAGAUAUUGGAGCCAAGGCAAAGCCUGUAGAAGAUGUCUCCCCUCCACCUGUCCGAGCCCGAACCCCUCCUGAAAGCACUGUUAUUGAGUUGCCUGACCCCUGCCCCGAGGCCCGGGAAAAGCUGCAGGAUAUGUGUCGCCACAUAGAAGCCGAAAGGAUCAUGUGGAGAGGGAGGAAUGCCUCCUGCCCCAUGAUUUUACGCAACUACAGGUCAAAGAUGCCCUCUCAUUUAAUGUUGGCCUCCAAGGGGGACUCUCACCAUCCUGUUGCUGCGGGGACUCAGGUUGCUACUUCCACUCUUCACCAGCCUUCCAGCCAGCAUGCUCAAAUGGGCCGCCAUUCUCAAGAGUGGAAGGGGCCCAAGAAGCCCAUCAAGCUGCAUUAUACUUUCUAUGAUGGCUCUUCCUUCAUUUACUAUCCCUCUGGAAAUAUUGCCUUACUUCAGAUUCCCACAUGCUGCAGAGGGAAACCCAUCACCUGCCUCUUUAAUGACAUACCUAAUACCUUCCUGGCUCUGUUCAAUGCUGAAGGCCUGGGCUGUGUUUACUACAACCUGAAGAACUGCUGUCCAUAUGUCUUGGUUUUGGAUGAAGAAGGUGGGAUCACAAAUGACCAUAAGGGCUACAUAGUCCACAGGUGGAGCUGGGCCAGCAAGACCGAGACAUUGCUCUCUCUGGAAUAUAAGGUGAAUGAACAAAUGAAGCUCACAGUCUUGGGGCAGGAUUCCAUCACCGUCACCUUCACUUCCAUGAAUGAGACGGUAACACUCAGUGUGUCACCCAAAAGCUGCCCCCAUAACGUGCUGCAUGACAAACGGCCAGUUCGCAGAAUCAGCCUCAUCGAUGAAAAGGUGUCAAAGAUAAACAGAGCCCUGGCUGAGAUCAAGAAGCGGUUUCAGAAGACUGUGACUCAGUUUAUGAACUCUGUGUUGCUGGCAGCAGGUCUGUUCACCUUAGAAUAUCCCACCCCAAAAGAAGACACAGAAGCUAGUCGUGUCAAGUUGAAAUCUGGGUCUAAUCAUGAUCGGAUCCGUAAGACAAGUUUAUACCAAGGAGAAACACUUACGCGAACCCAGUCAGCCCGACAAGACUCCGUAAUUGAGGAGACAUUGAAGGAGGAUUCUAUACCUAUAUCUUUGGUCAAUGUUCGAAAGAAGAGCAGCAAAGUCCAGAUCAAAGUCUUACCAAGAGGGAAGCCCAGAGAGAUGCGCAGCCCCACCAGAUGGGCAGCCUCACCCUCUGACUGCCCACUGGUGCUGCGGAGGCUCAUUCGCAAGGAAGACAUCCGGGCUGGCUGCAAAUGUAUUGUGAAGGCACCCCUGGUGUCCGACUUGGAGCUGGAGCGCUUCCUGUCUGCACCUCGGGACCCCAACCAAGUGCUGGUCUUUGGGAUAAUGUCGAGCCAGGAUCCCACCCUCACUGCGCAGCUGCAGUGGCUGCUGGAUACACUGUAUAGUCAUCGGCAGCAGGGCCGGUCUUCACCCUGCAUCCAGUGCCAGCAUGACCCUUACCGCCUGCUGCAGUAUGACCUGGACAGCCCCCUGCAGAAGGACCCACCCCUAAUGGUGAAGAAGUUUGCUGUGAUACACGGGAUGGUUUUGAUGUUUGCUGGGGGCAAGCUCCUCUUCGGGGGAUGUGUACUAAACGGCUACGGCUUCAGCAAACAGAAUCUGCUGAAACAGAUCUUCCGGGCUCGACAGGAUUGCAAGAUGGGCUACUUCCUGCCAGACAACUACAAAUUCAACAUGUCAACUUAUGUCACAAACCUGGAUGAUUCUGAGUCAACUAAAAGACCCCCAUCCGACGAUUAUGAAGGAAGUGUCUCUUCAGUGGCGCUUGUGGAAAAAAUAGAAAAAGAACCUUCUCCUUCCCCUGAGAAAGUCAAACAGCCUGAAGAGGAACCACAGCCUUUCGCCAAAACGAGGAGGAGCAGUAAGAAGACCACUGGCUUUAAGAAGUUAAACUCUAAGAAGUGACGCUGGGAUAACCAGCGAUGCCCUCCCCACACCUA